UCGUACAACUCGACGAUUCGUACUCUCAUCCGUCCGAACAAAACGCUGCUUGCAACUAGUUUUAAAACCACUUGCUGCUGCGCGGGUGACACUUUUUUCUCGUUGUGUUUCAAGAUCAAUCGUCACGCAUUGUUUACUUUUUUUACUUUCUUCAUUUCCAUCGUCUACGAUGUUCCGAGGAUUUUUCCUUCUCCUGGUGGCGACGCUCACCGGGACUUGCAUCGCCGAUGAAUCAGUAACGAAAGCUCCGACAUUUAAAAUAUGCGUGCCCGAGAUAUACUGGAAGGAUUGUUUGAAGAUGAUGGAAGAUUCGAAAGCAAAGGGCGUGCCAAUAUCGUGCGUAUCGGGUCGUGACAGAUUCGAGUGCAUCGACAAAGUUGGCAAAAAAGAAGCCGACAUCGUCGCUGUCGACCCUGAAGACAUGUAUCUCGCCGCUAAAAACGAACUCGCCAAUCAAGCAGGUUUCAACAUUGUCGAACAGGUUCGAACAAAGGAAGAACCCGAUGCGAUAUAUCGAUACGAGGCUGUGGCGGUGAUUCACAAGGACUUGGAGAUCAACGACGUUCAAGGUCUCCGAGGUCUUAAAUCUUGUCACACCGGUGUUGGUCGUAACGUUGGUUACAAGAUACCCAUAACUAAGCUUACAGCAAUGGGAGUUCUGGCCAACAUUAACGAUCCUGAAUAUUCCGCUCGUGAAAACGAAAUUCGUGCUCUGAGUACCCUGUUCGAUAAAGGAUGCCUCGUUGGCACUUGGUCACCGGACCCAGCGAUCAAUCAAAGACUGAAGGAAACAUACAGCAACAUGUGCGCUCUCUGUGAGAAACCCAGCGUUUGCGAUUAUCCUGACAUUUACUCCGGUUACGAGGGUGCUUUGAGGUGUCUCGCACAUAACGGCGGUCAAGUUGCUUGGACCAAGGUCAUUUAUGUCAAGAAAUUCUUCGGUCUACCUAUCGGCAUAACCCCGGCAGUUCCGACUCAAGAAGACCCAACCAACUUCCGUUACUUCUGCCCUGAUGGUACCAAAGUGCCUAUCGAUGCUACCACCAAACCGUGCACGUGGGCUGCUAGACCCUGGCAAGGAUACAUGACCAAUGGUCAAGUUACGAAUGUCGAGGCCGUUCAGAAGGAAUUAACCGAAUUGGGAGAACUUGGAGAAGAAGAACACGCUGCGUGGUGGAAGGACAUUAUGUUGUUGGACGAGAAAACCCGAGCGGUGACCGCACCUCCGGUAAACCCUCAAGAACAUUUGGAACAAGCCAAGUACUUGGACGUUAUCGAGAGAAAUUCAGGAGCACCAGAGAGAGACGCGCGUUGGUGUGUCUCAAGUUCUACUGCCCUAGCCAAGUGCCAAGCUCUUGCUAAAGCUGCUCACUCAAGAGACGUUAGACCAAGAAUCGAAUGCAUUUUGGAAAAAGAUGACGAAAGUUGUUUAACCGCUGUCAGAAACGAAGCGGCAGAUCUCGUCGUACUCGAAGGUGGUUUGGUGUCGAAUGCUACGACCAAUUUCAACGUAAAACCCAUCAUCUCCGAAGACUAUGGCAAAGGAGCAACGAAAAUGGGCGAACGACCUGCUGUUGCUGUCAUCAAAAAAGAUAGCACGAUCAAAAAUUUAGCUGAUCUCCGGGGCAAGAAAUCCUGUCACAGUGAAUACGGCACCAGUUUCGCUGGAUGGAUCGCUCCUUUGAAAGCAUUGAAGAAGGCCAAUCUGGUCAAAUCGCCCGAAGAAAUGGUCGAUUUCUUCGGUGGCUCCUGCGCUCCCGGAGCUCCAGUUGGAUCAAAACUGUGUCAACAGUGUGUGGGUAAUCUCGAAUCCAAAGAUGAGAAAAUCAUCGAAGCCACUAAAUGCAAAAUCGACGGACCGGAAUCUUACUUCGGUGGAAAAGGAGCCCUGAAAUGCCUCAUCGCCGGAAACGGAGACGUUGCUUUCAUGCCUCUUACUGACCUCGUCCAAGCAACCGAAACCAGCGACGGCUCUAUCAAAUCGUCAGACUUUGCGCUCCUGUGUCCCGAUGGAACAACGACAUCGGUCGACGAAUGGGCCAAGUGUAACUUCGGCCUUGAACCACCUCGCGUGCUCGUUAGUUCCGCUGCGAAAACUCCAGGUGCUCUUGAAGAAUUGACUCACGGUGUUCUGGCAGCGAGUACGCUUUACUCGAAGAGACCAGACCUUUUGCACCUCUUUGGAAAUUGGGGUGGUCAACGAAAUGUUUUAUUCAAGGAUGAUGCGAAGGGUCUCAUGUCCAUAAGUACCGAAUGGGACCACUGGGCCGAUUGGGCAACGACACAACAGGAAUACACGAUUUAAACGUUCCUUGCAGGCUCGAAAACUGAUCCUAUUCGAAGAUCUGAUCCAAGUUUAAUUAUUAAGUUUGUCGAGGAUCAAAAAAUACACUGUCAAACUUUGAUACCUUUGAAAAUAAAGUUUUUCUCCGUCA